CUACAAUAAUGUUGCUAAAGAUACUUUAUAAAAAGUAAAUAAAUAUAUUGCAAGGUAAAGUUUUACAUCUGUUUAAGAGCAAAUAAUGGCUAAAAACUAAUUGCAUCAAGUCCAGAUAACAAGUGUUGAUAUAUUAUAUGUAAGUAUACAUGACGAUUUAUACUCUGCUUCAAUGAAUUUGAAUAGACAUUUCAUAAUAUUUUAGUUUGUAAACAUAUACAUAUAUGGAGCUUAUUUAUCUUUCGAAUUCCAAUAAUAUUUAUUGUUUGAUGAUUCCAAUACAAUGGUGAGUUGGCAUUUGUAUGAUUCAUUAUACCCUAAACAGGGUAUAUUAAAUGUGCUACGAAAUGUUUAACACUCCGAAGAAAACGUCGGAGAUCCAGUAAAAUAUAUAUAUUGUCAAUUUAGUCAAGUCCAUUUGUUUGUAUGUCCCAAACUACCCUCUGAGUUUUUGAGACAUCGAUAUAAAAGUUUGUUUACUUCCUCUCCACUCCAAGAAGAUGCUUAUUUGUUACUUUUGUUGUAGCAGCAGAAUUCUGACGUGAUGACAGUCCUUGGCCGGAAAAAAUCCGGGUCCGUUCCGGUUAAGUAGACCCAACUGUCGUGGGAACGGACGUGCUUAUUUGUCGAAACCGCCGGUAUUGGACCACUGUAGCAUAUAUGUAGCUAUCAUAUAAACUACGAUUAAAACAUGGUCUUGUAUAUUAAACUUAUUUAUUUAUUAUUAUGUCUUUACAAAAUUUGGCAACGGUACAAUUUCCGUAAAAAAAAGUUUCACAUCGGACUAAUAAAUCGUAUAGCUCCUAUACAAAGAGAAGAUCUUUUCAAAAAGACAUUUUUAUACUCUGAAAUGAAAAAAAUGCACCUGUAAAGAGUUUUGUAAAUUCGGUGCAGCCGAAGUUAACGUUUUUCUUUGUUUUAGGUUGAUAAUAUCUUGCAGUUUUACGAUGGUGGGUAUUCGCGCCAUUAUAGCAACAAGAUUAUACGUUUUGCAAUAUAGUGGCAACUUGGUAAUGUUCAAACAGCUGUUUCCUGCAUUUGGUUACAUGGACAUAAUUUAAAUUAGUUUUAUUUGUAAUUAUACAUAUAUAGUACCAUACAUCAAUUUGAUUUAUAAUAACCAAGUUAAAAAAUCAGAAAUGCGUCGAAGAGCUGGACUAGGAGCCAUACAACAGCAGCAAUUGGCUGCUGAGAAAUAUAAAGACAAAGGCAGUGACUUACAGGAAUCACAAUUUGAACAAAUGUCCAAGCAAAUGGAAGUUUUUCGUUUAAAACUGGAGGAAUUUGCUGUAAAGCACAAGACAGACAUUCGCAAGAAUUCCCAGUUUCGUAAACAAUUCCAGGAAAUGUGCGCAGCAAUAGGUGUGGAUCCUCUUGCUACAGGCAAAGGCUUUUGGAGCGUACUUGGAAUGGGCGACUUUUAUUACGAGUUAAGCGUGCAGGUCGUCGAGGUGUGUUUGGCAGCUAAUCAUAAAACUGGUGGAUUAAUGGAAUUAAAUGAACUGCGUAGGCGGCUUAUAGCUGCUCGAGGUCAGAGUGCAGUACAUCAAGAGAUCACGAACGAAGACAUUUUGAUGGCAGCAAAAAAAUUAAGUAUCUUUGGGAAUGGAUUUGUGGUAUAUAAAGUGGGUAAGGGAAAAUACAUGGUGCAAUCGAUACCUGGUGAACUGAGUAUGGAUGAAACUAAAAUCCUAACGGCUGCUUCCAAUACAGAAAAGGGUUACGUAACACUGAAAAUGCUAACUGAGCAACUGGAGUGGAGUGAAUUCCGCGCAAAGCAAUCGCUUGAUAAAGCAGUAAGUGAAGGUUUAUGCUGGGUAGACGAGCAAGAUGAGGAAAAUAGUCGUUUGAGCUAUUGGUUUCCAAGUUUAUUUCCGGGACGUUAUAAACAAUCCAUUUAAAUAUUUAUCUUCAUUUAUUGAUCAUAAAUGUAUAUUUCAUAAUCAUUAAAUUUAGGUAUUCGCGUAUAUUUUACACAUUAAUGAAUAUGUACGUACUCGUA